AUGUCAUCUGACGCCAACCCUCCAAAGCAGAACUUUGAUGAAACAAUGGAUAAGCUAUUUCAUGAAUCACAGAAAGAAGCACAAACUGAAGGCGAUGCUUGGUUCCUUGAUGAAGCAGCUUCAGCUGCUGCUUUUGAACCAAGUUGGUGGAACUUAGCUGAUCAUGCUGUUAGUGGGGUAGAGUUUGUACAUGAGAUGUCUGGGUUGCAUUACGCUGGUUCCAUUGUUGCAACCACCAUGAUUUUGCGGUUCACAAUCUUGCCGAUUGCCAUCAAUGCGCAAAGGGCAGCAUCACGAAUGGCACACUUGCAGCCUGAGCUGAAAUUGAUGAAAGAUCGAUAUGAAGCAUUGGGGACUCCUUCGCAGGCUGAACAGAAAGCAUUUGCAGACCAGAUGAAAGGCCUCUUCAAAAGAUAUGAAGUGAAACCCUUUGCUGCAUUUGCAGCCCCUCUCAUGCAAGCACCCCUUUUUAUUGGAAUGUUCUUUGGUAUGAAGAAAAUGCCCGACAUCUUCACCGAACAAAUGUCAACAGGUGGAAUAAUGUGGUUCACAGACCUCACGGUCCCCGAUCCAACCUAUAUCUUACCCAUUGCAUGUGGAGUCAGUUUUCUCACGACCAUAGAAGCUGGGAAAGAUCAGAUGAUCGACUCGAACCCACAGUAUGGACCAGUGAUGGUGAAUGCAUUUCGUGCGAUGGCGGUUGUAAUGGUUCCAGUAAUCACAACCUUCCCCGCUGCUAUGCUAUGCUACUGGGUUCCAAACAAUUUUUUCACUCUCGUUCAAUCUGUUACCUUGCGAAAUGACUUUGUGAGGAAACAGCUUGGGAUUUGGGAUCGCCCAAAGCCAAUUCCAGGAACCACUGGUGACGCAGGAUUUCAAGAAACGAUGUCAAAUUUGAUGAAGAAGGCACAGGGUGAACCAACGACUGAAGCUGAGAUGUUGCAGAGACACAAUGAAGAUAUUGAGAUGAAGAAAAGAGUGAAGCAAAUGAUCGAGGUUCUCCUUUUGCUGUGUUACAAGACGGGAGAUAUCAUGGGAGUUCCAAAGUUUUAUCGCUGGCUCAGUGAGCGCUACACGAAGAUCAAUGAGAUUGUCUCCGACUCGGCGCUUUUGCCUGAAUUCGAUCACCUCUAUCUUGAUAUGAAUGGAAUCAUUCACGGAUGUACUCAUCCAAAUCACAUGGAUAUUUCCGAUUUUUUGAGCGAAAGAGACAUGAUGCUCGGCAUCAUGCACUAUUUGGAUCGUAUUAUCACUCAGAUUGUCAAGCCCAGAGUUUCGGUGUAUAUGGCGAUUGAUGGCGUCGCACCGAGAGCGAAGCUCAACCAGCAACGGUCUCGACGGUUCCGUUCAGCCAGGGAUAUGGCAGAAGCCACGAAAGAUCUUCCAAAGCAAAACAACGAAGAUGGAUCAACUGGUAGUGCAGAUGUCUUUGAUUCCAACUGCAUUACUCCUGGGACGGAAUUUAUGGCAAGGGUUUCUGAAACCAUCAAAUACUUCAUUCGUAAGAAGAUCAAAGAAGAUCCAAUCUGGCGCAAUCUGAAUGUUAUUUUUAGUGGGCACGAAAUCCCUGGUGAAGGAGAGCACAAGAUCAUGGAGCAUAUUAGAAUGAUGAGAAGUCAACCUGGAUACCAGCCAAACACACGACAUUGCAUCUAUGGUCAAGACGCGGAUUUGAUCAUGUUGGGGCUAGUCACUCAUGAGCCACAUUUUACAAUUCUGAGGGAGGUUGUUGAUUUCAGCGGUGGAUUCACGAAUAAGAAUGCAUUGAAGACUGUCAAAAAGUUCACGAAGGAAUCGGACUUUCAGCUGUUGCAUCUAUCCGUAUUACGAGAGUAUCUUUCUCUCGAGUUUUGCAAGGGUACAGAGUACGACCUUGAGCGAACAAUUGAUGACUUUGUGUUUUUGACAUUUUUGGUUGGGAAUGACUUUUUGCCGCAUCUGACUACUCUGGAUAUUGGUGAAGGGGCAUUUGACCUUCUUUUCAAAGUCUACAAGGAGCAGCGUCCUGAAUGGGGAACUGGUAACUACUUGACCCAAAGUGGCGACAUCAGUGACCCGCAACGACUAGAAAACUUCUUGACAGUCAUUGGGUCAGUCGAAACAGAAGUAUUGGAGAAACGCGAAAUUGAUGAUGCUGCAUACAUCAAAAAGAAGAGGAAAUGGAACAAGCGUGAUGGACUUCCCCAGUUGCCAUCUGACGAGGAAAUGAAGGCUGCUGACGAUGCAAAACAGAAUGAUUAUAUAAGCAUGAUGGAAGCUCUGAUGGCGAAGCAUGAGGGGCAACAAUUUGUUGAUGGAUGGACCCCUGUUCAGCCAGGGCAAAAGGACUUCAAGGGGCGGUACUACUUUGAGAAACUGAAGCUUACUCCAGUCGAUCUUAAGGCUCACCAUGAUUUGAGACAAGCGUAUGUUGAAGGUUUGAUGUGGUGCUUGGCUUACUAUUAUCGCGGUUGCAUUUCGUGGGGCUGGUUUUACCCCUAUCAUUAUGGACCCAUGCUAAGUGACCUGAGAAACUUGCCGAAAAUGUUUGAGUCUAUAAGCUUUGAACUCGGGACGCCAGUGAAGCCAUUUCAACAGCUUAUGGCGUGUCUACCUCCUGCCUCCGCCCAACUUGUUCCAACCCCAUAUCGUUAUCUCAUGAAGUCACCGGAGUCUCCAAUAAUUGACUUUUACCCUGUGGAUUUUGCGGUAGACAUGAAUGGGAAGAAGAACCCAUGGGAAGGCGUCAAUCUCCUUCCCUUCAUUGAUCUUCAUCGACUUUUGUCUGCGAUUGAAGAGCAUUGCCCAGAUUCGAAGCUCACACCCUCCGAGAGGCGUCGCAACCAAAAAGGCAAGAUAUUGGGCUACAUGUUUGACUUGACCUGUACGGAAACUAUUGAGUCUCCGAAUCGAAAAAUCGGCUUGGUGGAUAUUGUGAAGUGCCAUUCCCGGGUUCGUGUGUUGCCAGAGUAUGAAUCUGAAGGCGUUUCAUUCAAGCCAGAACUUAUAGCUGGAACGAGAAUCCCUUUCCCUGGAUUUCCAUCGCUCAAUGUACUACCGAUAGCAUCAGAGGAAGUUCUGCCGAUUGGAGUCAACUGCUUUGGAUUCCCCUCGAAGUAUCCUACAAUGACCCUGAAGUUGCACGAAAUGCCUCAGAUUCCACCAGUCGAGACGCUUGCAGAUAGCGUGCUUGGUAAAUCUCUCUUCAUCAACUGGCCGAUGAUGCACGAAGCUAAGUUAACUGCUAUAUCUGACGCUUUGUGCGAAGUUCGCUUGGUAAAAGGAAAGAAAAAGGUUAAGCGCUGGAAUCAGAUCGAGGCUGAUCGCUGGUGCAAGGAUUCAGAGGCAAUGAUGCAAGGAUACCAUACUGGUGUUUCCAUUCCAGGUUCGGGAGGGGUUCAAAUCGGAGAGAUCCGGGUCCGGUUGAAGUUGCUCCCACUCCAAGGGAUGACAACUAACCCAAACAAUGGCUCAUCGAAGAAGCUCUUCGGGAAAGAGGAGGCUGAUGUCCCUUUGCAGCUUGCGUUGUGGCAAGCUCCCGCGCCUGAUCCACGUUUUACCGAGAAAGGGCCGAUGGCGUUACGAGAACGAUUCCCAAUCGACGGUAGUCUCAUUUUGACGAAAGGGAAAUAUAGAGGUUGCCGGGGUACAAUUGUUGGAAUAGCCGACGAGAAGAAAGUAGGGGUGAAAGUAGCAACGAUGCCUCCUGAAAUCCCAUUCGGUCUUGCCUUGGCAAGAUCCGUUUAUGAAUCAUACAUUACUUCCACAGAUGCUUCGCGGAUUCUGAAACUGAAUGGAGGGUUGUUCGGGAAGAUCACUGGGAGUAUACUCUUUGAACCGGGGAAGUAUGAUCUUGGUCUAAACCUGAAAUCUGGUGAUGGCUUGUGCGUCGCUGGUUAUACAAGACAAAAACGAGAGAGAAAUGCAGGUCAAAAGUCAAACAACAACAAAAAGGCGUGGGAUUCCGGUGAUUCUCUCCUUGUUAUUGGAAGUGCUCGAACAGGACAGGCUGGAAAUGAUGAGAAACCUGAGGAAAGAAUACAGUGGGAGUUCACCCCGAAAGCUAUUCGCCUUGUCAACGAAUACCGUCAGAAGUUUCCGCAGUUGUUUACUGCACUGGUUCGAAUGCCCAAUGAAAAGAGAUAUGACGCAACGAAGGUAUUUGGUCCGAAUGGCGCUGAUUGGCUGCCUGUGGUUCGAGAGUGGCUGAAUGGUGUCGAGAGUGCGAAAUUACCAAGAACGCCUAUUUCCACAGACACCAUGUCAAAGGAAGCUGUCGUUGCUGUCGAGAAAGCAGCGGACGUACGCAACCUAGCAGUUCAAAAGAAAGGUUUUCCAAAGGAGUCCCUAAUCAAGAUACCUGGAAGUGCACUGUUUUUGGAGAACUCAAUCAGUCCUACUGACGUGAUACUUUCAAGCGAUUAUAAUGACAACGAAGCACCGGAGUUGGGAGAUCGAAUAGUUAAUUUGUGUGCAAGCGGCAUUCCAUUUGGUGCUCGAGGUACUGUUGUUGGGAUUCACCAGGCAACUACUGGCUGCGUCGAGGUAGUGAUGGAUGAAGAGUUUGUUGGUGGCACGUCUCUUCAAGGUCUCUGUUCAAAUUUCAGAGGCAAACUUUGUGUGUGGGCACAUGUGAUGAAAAUAACGGUUGACAACAGCAAGGGGCUGGUCGAGAAGAUGGUUCCACAAGGGUCUGGAAAAGCUGCUGUUGAAAAGAUACUCGCCGAUAUCGAGAGGGAGGUAAAGGGACAACAGAGAAAUGCAGCUCCUGCUGUGCCGCAACAAGGUGUCGCAGCACAAAGACCGGCUCAGAGGCUCGCGACGCCAACAAGAGGUGGCUCCGCAGGAAGAUCGCGAUCUGAUUCGGCAAGUCGAGGAAAGCUUGCGCUUUCUCGAGAAGCAAAGGGGCCUCCUGAGAAGGGUGCUCGCUUCACAAGAACUUCCAAAAACCCAAAAGGAGGUUUGCACCGUUGGAGAGCACUGAUGAAAGGAAUAAAGAAAAGUGACCCAUCUUCAAACUCGAAACCAGCCCCGAAUUAUAACGACGCUACGGAUGCUAGCGCAGGUCUUAAGGCGAUGCUCGGGGUAUCAGGAGUACAAAACGGUGGAGGAAAAGCGCCACAGGGUGUCACUGACGCAUCUGCGGGAUUGAAGGCAAUGCUUGGAGUCGGGGGUCACGUCCCUCCCCAUCCUCCAAAUUUUGGAGUUCCCCCACCGCCACAACCCCCGAUGCCCUCACCCGCUACAGCUGCCGAUAAACUGAUGCAAUUGAUGACCCUGCAGCCGCAAAUGCAACCUGUCCAUGCACCAGUUUCAUCGUCAUUCAACUUUUCGUAUGUCGAGGAAGGAAAACAUGUCCCUGAGCAGCCACCUAAUUCUCAGUCCAUCCCACAUUUUGCCCAUUACCCUGUGCCGCCGAUGCCACCCCAGCCGAUGUUUCACCAGAUGGCUCCGCCAAUGCAGACAACCAAGCCACCACAAGGCAACGCGACUGGAUUGUCGGACAAAGAGUUUCCUCCGCUUGGCGGUGCAGUGAAAAAAAGUGCCGAUGUCGAACAAACUCAAGCAGAGGAACCGAAGCAAGCCCCUCAAUCUACGUUGGUGCCAUCUAGUGCGCUAAUGAAACCGGGGAAAUCAAUCUAA